CUAUAGGUAGACAAGCACCAAGGAAUUAUUCGAUACUUAACGACCUUCGAGAAUCACUUAUUAACUUAGGACAAGACUUAUGGAAAACUUACGCAAAUCUUGGAUCAAUUGCGCAAUACUGCGAAGGUAAGAUUAAUGACAAAAGUUAUCAAAGAUCUAUUAUAGAAUUAGAACGGGAUAUGAAAUACAUGUGCGAAAGACUUGGAUUAAUGAUAACCAUGUAUGGUCUUAAAAAAAAGAUUGAUUAUAAAUUGGAGGAUCCUGAAUUAGAAACUAACUUUAUUAUCAUCGAAUUUAUUCCACAAAGUAUUAAAUAUAGGGGUCAGGAACCAUUAUCUUCUCAUUUGACGUUUGAAACUUCACGAGGCUCAUUAUACCAUAGAUUACGUAAAAAAGAUUUCCCAGAAGAGAUUGUCAAUGACGGUUGUAGUACACCUGAAUUAACCGAUUCCGAUCUGGAAUA